AUGCAUACCUUCCUACAAGGCCUUGUCAAAACAUUAUGGUACCACAAUUGGGUCAGAGGAGGGCAUGCCAAAGCAGCGAAGUACAAGAUCCCCCCCAUCCUACUGAAAGUCACAGACCAUGUGAAUACGAAAAUUGCAUCGAAUUUUCUCAAGCUCGCUACGGUCAUCAAGAUCUACACACACAGGCAGAUAUCGGAGACAGAGCUGGAUUGGGCUGACAGGCUGUACAAGGAUUUUUUUGAGGAAUAUGUUGAAAUUUACGGCGAAAUCAAUGUCACCCCAACCUUUCAUUGGGUAACGCAUAUGGCAGCCCAAGUCCGUUGUUUCGGCCCAGCCCAAGGAUUCUGGACCUUCCUGUUUGAACACCUCAAUAAAGUAUUGAAGACCAUUCGGACGAACAGACGUAAGAGAGGAGGGGUCGAGUUGACAUUUGCACAGGAAUUCAAGAGGGAGUUGAGUAUCUCAAGAUUGACUACAGUCCUUCUCACCCAAUGGCAAGAUUUCCUCGCCCGCCUGAUUGCCCAAGAAAUGGACAAGCAGUUGAGAGAUCUUGCCCACAAAGGCACUCUCACCUCGAUGGCUGCUGAAGCUGACGAGGAUGCGGACUUGCACAACCGUGCUCGUUGGCAGCCAAUAGGCAAGCCCGAACGUGUGUACCUCGAUAAUGGCACGCAACAACAUCUCCUCGCAUGGUACUGCGAGAAGAUGCCAAAUUUGCCUCUAUAA